AUGGAUAAAUCCUGGAUUACAAAGCCGCGAAACUCACUUGUUUAUGACCAGGGAGUUAAGACCUUCAUUGAGUUUGCUUUUCAGCAUGGGGCAGUUAAUGACAUGAUUUUAUGUCCAUGCCCUACAUGUGGAUUUAGUAAACGUCAAAAACGUGCAGAGGUGUACGAUCAUCUUAUUUGCAAGCCUUACCCAAAAGGGUACCCAAUUUGGCAUCUACAUGGGGAGUCCCAUCCAAAUGAAACAACCAAUGUUGAAUUCAGCAACAACGUUGCUUCACAAAGCAAUAUCUUUGUUCAUGAUCCAAUUAGAGAUAUGGUAAAUGAUGCAUUUGGAGUGCAUGACCAAUCGGAAGAGGCCUCACCCACAUUAAAUGAAGAGGGCAUACAUGACAACAACGCGACACCGAAUUUGAACCAACAUCAGAGUGUAGCUGAUGAUUUUUAUGACUUAUCAAAUGACGGCCAACAACCACUUUACGAAGGAUGUGCAAAUCACUCAAAAUUAUCUUUCACAUUGAAAUUGUAUCACAUCAAGUGUCUUUGUGGAAUGAGCGACAAAGCAAUGACGAUGAUAUUGGAGCUAUUAAAUGACGCUUUUCCAAAUAUAAAAAUUCCAAGAUCUUUUUACGAUGCGAAGAAAACCAUCACAAAGCUUGGAUUGAAUUACGAGAAGAUACAUGCAUGCCCAAACAAUUGCAUGCUUUAUUGGGGAAACACAGAAGACGAAGAGAGACAAAUUUGUAAGGUUUGUAGUACUUCCAGAUGGAAAAUGAAGAAUGAUAGGUCAAAUGAUAAUUCUGGUAAUAACAGAGGUCGAAGAAAGAUUCCUGCGAAACUGGUUAGAUAUUUUCCAUUAAAGCCUCGAUUGCAACGCUCCGACACCAAUGUUGAUGGAUUACUAAGACAUCCAAGAGAUUGUGAAGCAUGGAAAAAGUUUGAUUUGAUAAACAGUCAUUUUGCAGCAGACCCUCGAAAUGUGCGGCUUGCAUUAGCUACAGAUGGAUUUAAUCCUUACGGCAGUAUGAACCAAAGUUACAGUAUUUGGCCAAUUGUUCUCAUCCCAUACAACUUGCCACCAUGGAUGUGCAUGAAGCAGGCAUCAUUUAUUAUUUCAACAAUAAUACCUGGUAAACAAAUGCCAGGAAAUGAUAUAGAUGUCUACUUACAGCCUUUGAUAAGGGAGUUGAAAGAGUUGUGGUGUAAUGGGGUUAACACAUAUGAUUCUUUUAAAAAAGAGAUGUUCAAAAUGCAUGCUGCUCUAUUGUGGACAAUUAGUGACUACCCUGGUCUUGGAAAUUUAUCUGGAUGGAAUGUUUACACUGGUCGUGCUUGUGUUCAUUGCAACUAUGCUUCUGAUCCUUGUCGUUUGCCUUAUAGUAGGAAGUGGUGUUUCAUGGGACAUCGACGCUUUCUUGCCACUGGCCAUAAAUUCAGAUUAAAUAAGAUUAGAUUCAAUGGAGAGCAAGAGCUACGCAAUCCUCCAAAAAUAUUGUCAGGGACAGAAAUAUUACAACAGGUUCAGGAUAUUAACAUCACAUUUGGUCGGUUAUUGGAUAAUCAAUCUGCGGGAAAAAGAAGACGUGGUGCAAGCACUUCUCGAACUGAACCACAACAAUGGAAGAAGAAGAGCAUAUUCUUUGAGCUCCCGUAUUGGGAACAUAACUUGAUACGUCACAAUCUCGAUGUGAUGCAUAUAGAGAAGAAUGUUUGUGACAAUGUAUUGUUCACAUUGUUGAAUGAUAGUUCACGCUCAAAAGAUCAUGUAAAUGCAUGUAAAGAUCUCAAACAUAUGUGUUGCAAGCCAGAUCUAUGGCCAGAUGAUAAUGGGAAGUUUGCAGCAGUAGUUUAUACAAUGAAUAAGCAAGGAAAGAAAUUAUUUCUAGAUACUUUAAAGAAUAUUUGUGUGCCUGAUGGAUACGCAAGUAACAUUUCUCGGUGCAUCGAUACUACUAAUCUUAAAAUUGUUGGGACAUUGAAAAGCCAUGACAGCCAUGUACUUCUACAACAAUUUUUACCACUAGCUAUGCGUGAAGGGCUUCAUGAUAAUGUAUCUGCAGUGUUACUUGAGUUAUGCUCAUUUUUCCGACAAAUAUCUGGUAAAGUAUUGAGUGUCACGGAGUUAGAUAAAUUCCAAGACCAAAUUAUAGUGACAUUAUGCCACAUGGAAAUGCUCUUCCCACCAUCAUUUUUCACAUUGAUGAUUCAUUUGGUCGUUCAUUUGGUCGAUGAAGCAAAACUCGGAAGUCCGGUCUACUACCGUUGGAUGUAUCCAAUAGAAAUGUACUUGGGAAUAUUAAAGUCAUACGUGCGUAACAAAGCACGACCAGAAGGAUCUAUUGCAGAGGAUUAUAUCGCACAAGAAGUUCUUACUUUUUGUUCACGAUAUUUUGAAAAUAUUGAGACAAUUUGGAACCGACCUAGACGUGUCGAUGAUGAACCUGCCAUUUCUCAGCAUCCAAAUGCUCGAAUAGCAGAAUUAUUUCCGUAUGUUGGGAAAGAAAUUGGGAGUUCAGAAUUGUUGCAAAGACGACAAUUAAGGACUCGAAGUAGAAAUCCUAUUGAGAUCAACCGAGAUCAUGACAAGAUCCAGGAUUAUGAUAAAAGUUUGCUAUUAGCUCUUGUACAAGGACCCAUUAACCAAGCAAAACGAUAUUCUGCAUACAAUGUUAAUGGGUACAAGUUUCGUACUUUGGAACGCGAGAAAGGAUUGAAGACACAGAAUAGUGGAGUUUUUGGCACAUUUGGAACAAGGAGUUAG